AUGGCUCGACUGGCCAACGUCACUCACAGUGACCGGGUCGUUCGGCGCAAUCUCUUGGAGGCCAAAAUCAUGACGCGCUUAGUCCAAGCAAAUCAGCGCAAAGGCCAAUAUGACCAGGAAAAAGACCACGAUAUUCUUUUCUUGAUCAAUUCCUGUGGCGCGUGGCAGUUCUUCAACCACGAGCAGGGCGACAGAGGUCAGCCGCUGCUUGUCUCCAAACCUCUUGCUUCGCAAGGCAGCUUCGGCGAGCACAGAAGCGCUGACGGCUGCCGUAGAGAUUUCUCUUGUCUGCAUCGUUUUGCUUUCUUGACCCGGAAGCAACCAUAUAAUACCAGUCUCCUUUUUGUCUAUCGACCGUGA